AUGGAACAAUCAUGCAUUGGAUUGAGUGAUUUACCUGAUGAAAUUCUUAUUAAUAUUUUCCAAAAACUGGACAAGAUUGAUGUACUUUAUUCAUUAGAAGGUGUCAAUCAACGAAUAAAUAAAGUUAUUCAGGAUCGAAUUUUUACAAGUCAUUUGAAUUUUGUCAAACGGUUGCCACAUGUUUUUAUCGAUCUUUUGUCUUCUGAUAUGAUGCUCAAUCGAUUUUGUUCACAAAUUUUACCUAAAAUUCAUGAUAAAAUCAAAUGGCUUCAUCUUGAAUCAUCAUCUAUGAAAUAUGUUUUAUGUGCUGCCAAUUAUCCUAAUUUAGAUACUCUCAGCCUUAAUAAUAUUGAUCAAAAGUCAAUGCAAUGUCUUUUUAACGAUGAAAUGAUUUCAUCGAAUAUUCUCAAAAAUCAGAUUACAACACUUUUUGUUACAAUUGACGACAACAAGGAGACAGUAUUUUCAAUGAUAAAAGUAUGCAAUUAUAUUGUGAAUGCUUUCACCAAUCUAAUGGAUUUAACAUUAUAUGAAUCAUCGUUUAUAAAUCGUAUCCCAUUAUAUUUUAAUGAUGGAUUUUUUUCUACUUUUCGUUCUUCAACUCUUUUAAAAUUGAAUAUUAGAAUAUGCACUAUUGAUGAUUGCCUUUAUCUUCUCGAUGGUCGUUUUAAUCAACUUCAUACGCUCUAUGUUGAUAUAGUGGAUGUCAAUCCGUCGGAAGAAAUUAAAAAUCAAGAUGAUUUACCAAAUCUAAAGUGUUUUUAUCUCUCCUGUAAAGGUGAAGCAUGUUACUAUAAUAAUGAUUAUAAUUGUUAUAAUGGGUUAAUCCUACCACUUCUAUAUCGAAUGUUAAAUUUAGAAGAACUCGAUUUGUAUAUUCCGGUAAAAGUUGAUAAAACAUUUAUUGAUGAAAACGAUUUGAAGAAAAAUAUUAUUAAUCGUAUGCCACGAUUAAAUCAAUUUAGAUUUUAUAUUCGCUCAAUUAUGAAUAUUUAUAGUGGAAUGGAUUUGCCAUCAAUAGAAGAUAUUCAAUACAGAUUUAUUGAAUUUGCAAAUAAUAACAUAAUUUCUUAUGUUGAUUAUUUUUCAGAAGCAAAACAAAGUCAAUAUCAUAUUUAUUCCUAUCCAUCUUUUAUGCCAUAUUAUAGUGAUAUUACAAAUUAUUUUCCAAAUCGAUUAUUUACAUAUGUUCGUGUUGUAUCAUUAUAUGAUGAACAUCCUUUUGAUCAUGAAUUUUUUCUUCGAAUUCAGAAAUCAUUUCCAUUUAUGGAAACAUUAAAUUUGACUAAUCAAAAACCACAAAAUCAUAAACAAUCUUACGAAUCAAACAAUAAUAAUCAAAAUUUAUCCGUUAUUGAAUAUCCAUUUCUUAAUAAUCUUGGUAUUAUUCAUGUUCACGAUGAUUAUAUAGAACAAUUUCUAUUUGAUACUAAAACAUAUUUUCGGAAUAAUGUUGUUCUUCAUAUCAAAUAUGAAUCUUUACAACGAGUAACACACAAUUUCAAAAGAGAUGCUACACGAAUUAAUUGUGCCAAAAUAAAUAACUUAUGUUUAUAUGGUGAAAGAUAUCAUUCAAAUUCUGCUUUAAAAGAAUAUUUUCCUUUUGCAAAAAUAUGUUAUCCAUCAAUAUUCUGA